CCAACAAUCGACAAAUCUUCAAGGGCAACGUAAAAUCCCGCCUACUUCCAUCUGAUUAGUCCAUGUCGCCAUCCUCGCAAACUCAUUGGACACUUGGACGUCAAUUCAGUGACGAAUACGGAUAUAUAAGAGAGGAAAACGACGCCGGUGAGAAACUGUUAACCUGACUGAUGGCUGCCUCAAGGAAACUGGCACCCUUCCGCCUGCCUCCUUUGCCCACUGUAGGUGAGCUUAUAAAGCUGUACAAGCUGAGAGCCGAGAAGCAGCUGUCCCAGAACUUUCUGUUGGACUUGAGGCUCACAGACAAACUUGUGCGUCAGGCAGGCAGUUUGAAGGAUGCCCAUGUGUGCGAGGUGGGUCCUGGUCCCGGGGGUCUCACCCGCUCCAUCCUCAAUGCCGGGGCGGCGGACUUGCUCGUGGUGGAAAAGGAUUCACGCUUCAUCCCAGGGCUGAAGCUGUUGUCUGAGGCAGCACCGGAGAAGAUGAGGAUAGUCCAUGGCGACAUACUCACCUACAGAAUGGACCGAGGUUUCCCAGUGAACAUCGCUAAGCCAUGGGAGGGAGAGCCACCAAACCUUCACGUCAUAGGGAAUCUCCCAUUCAAUGUGUCAACCAUCCUCAUCAUCAAGUGGCUGGAGAACAUGUCCAACAGAACAGGACCCUUCGCUUACGGACGCACCAGACUCACACUCACUUUCCAGAAAGAGGUGGCAGAGAGGCUGACAGCCAGCACAAACAGCAAACAGAGGAGCCGUCUGUCCAUUAUGGCUCAGUAUCUCUGCACAGUCCGCAACUGCUUCACCAUCCCUGGACGGGCCUUCGUACCUAAACCAGACGUUGACGUGGGAAUAGUUCACUUCACCCCUCUGGUUCAGCCUCAAAUCCAGCAGCCCUUCAAACUGGUGGAGAAAGUCGUCAGGAACGUUUUCCAGUUUCGCAGGAAGCACUGCCAUAAAGGAGUAGCGAUGUUGUUCCCUGAGGCUUGUCGUAUCGAGCUGACACAGGAGAUGAUGCAGAGGGCAGAUGUGGACCCCAUUCUGCGCCCAGCAGAGCUCACCAUACCCCAGUUCAGAGCUUUAGCGGAUGCCUACGCUCAUCUCUGCACCCAAGAGCCCAGCCUGUUCAGCUAUGAAUUCCGUGAGGAGCUCAGGCUGAAGCACCUCACCAGGCGAAGGAGCACACCAGUGGACACAUUUAUCGACAUGGCAACUGGCACACCAAGUCCUCAACAACCCUGCUGAAAGAGGAGAAAAGCGCGGAAGCCAAAACAAGUCCUUUAAUAGCAUCUAUUAGCACAGGGAGACAACAGACUGCUCUUAGCCUUGACAUUUCCACCUGGCAUAUGCAUGCAUUUUUAAAAUGUUUUUUCCCUGCACCUGGCAAGCAAUCAGUAACGUGGUACAUAAAAUCCUGGGACAGAGAGGAACACCACAAGGAACAUAAAGAUCCUGGGUGGUUUGGACCAGUUUUUUCCAGGAUGGGACACUGAAAGCAGAGUCGUGUGAUUUGGGGGAGAACAAAGAGAGCCUGCUGGUAACCCCCAGUAGUUCUUUAAGAGUGGGAAUCUCUUUUAUGUCACAGUUCUUACUUCAGAUCAGACUUGCAUAACAACUCAUCCCGUGGGACCUGAAAGAAAUGUCAGAGUUGUUUCAGGGGCGGUUUGGAGAACGGGAACAACAUGGCAGCACCAUAUCCAGGCCAUUUUUCCCUUCCACUGUGUACUGUAUUUCUGAGUCACUUGGGAGGGAGAGCUUAAAAGGAAGAGGAAAGUGGUGGGAAUUUGUCAGCUCCAGAAAGACUCUUGUUGUAUUAAAGGGAGGGGAAUUGAUGCCUAUAUAUGAAAAAAAUGUCUAAUUUACCAUAAAAAAUGUUUCUGGAAGCAGUACUAACAUAAAGAUCUGUUAUUAUUGUGACAUGUUGUUGAAUAAAUCGGACCCUGGCGUUGUUAUUUAUGGUUCCAUGUCAAUAAAAGUGUUUUAAAUAUU